AUGCAGCUUGUCCUUGGCCACUGCGGCGUGUCCAGGAACGAAGCUUGUGAUGCGAAAUCCGAGAAGGCGUCUGAUCUCUCGCAGCCCACAGACACAUGGAGCACCGGCAUCGUCGCAUUGGCCGAAAGUAUUAAUCGUGCCCGACAGCUCAAGCCAGAGGCUCGCCGCUCCGCCGUAAGAGGCGACUGGGAACCCACGCGCACGGACCCCACCCUCACUCGUGGGGAAGAGGCUGCACUGGCCCGCCUCCGCAGCGGAGUUUCCCACACAAUACGGAUGGCUGCUACGACCACUGCGGCCCGCCAUCCCACGCACAUGCUGUUGGUGCGGCUCGGAUGCCGCACAGCAGACACGCAAAGAACUUUGCACGGAAGCGCCGCCUCCUCCCGCUGGACCCACCCCGCCACGAUCCGACGGCCGGCAGACUGUCCGGUGUGCGGAAGGCACUGCAGCUACCGUACUGGUGUUGUGGCGCACAUGGUUGACGCCCAGGGCAUGACGCGCCCCCAGGAGCUGCGGGAAUUCAACUUUCCCGAUGAGUCGGAACCGCCAGAAAUCCCACCGGAACCAACACCCGCCACUUGA